AUGAAUAAACUAACUCAAGCUUUAUUAUGCUCACUCCUCUUUGUUGCUAUUGUCAGUGCUACAGAUUGUGGCUACUAUUGCACCAGCUGUUGUGAUGUCUUGACCAACAGACUCAUCGAUCUCGAAAACAGAGUCACCGUCCUUGAAAACUCAAAGGUUAAGACCAUCUCUAUUGCUUCCCCUAUUCAAAAUAAUAUCAUCUCCUCUACAACAUGGACUCUCCUUCCAGGUACCACCACCAAUGUUGAAAUCACUCGUCCAAGUAAUUUGAUAGCUAAUAUCCACACUGUCUCUCAUUCCGAUAAUUUGGGAACUGGUGCCCAAGCCGUCGAUAUUACUGGAUUCCUUAAUGGUUACUUAAUGAGCCUUGGUAAUCCAGGAACAGUGGCACCAACUGGACUAGGAAUUGAUCACACCCUCCAAUGGUCCACCACUCCAGCACUCAACCAACAAUACUUGAGCCCAGGUAACUACACCUUUGACAUCAGAUCAAGAUUGAGAGGCUCAACCGCCAACCCAGGAGAAGUUAACAACCCAGGUGCUGUCCUCUUUAUCGUUCCUUUGUAA